CUCACCAUCAAAUACCGGUGACAAAAAAGGAAGUGAUUCGGUCACAGAAAAUUCUACAGCAUCAAUCAAUGUACCAUCAAGGCGAAGUAUCAGGUUAUUCUAGCUUUCCAGUACCAAGACACGAAGAAGCAUUUCAGAGUUUUGGAUCCGCAUACGAUCAAUAUGAUGAGCACGAUGUAGAUCAAUCUUAUAGUAGAAGCGGUGGUGGUGAUACCAUUCUCGAUCCAAUCGUCGAGGAAGAUCGGGACAACAAUGGUGAACCUUCGUCGCAAUCAACUCGGAGGACUCCAACGCGACCAUUUACUAUGAUUCCUCUUAGUCCAUCUGCUCGAAGAUUUCCGCGCAGUCGUCAUCACAUUCCAGGAUCUUAUUCUGCCUCUUAUUCAAGUGAAAGGGUUCCGUGGAAUACAUUAAGACAGUUUAACGAUAGUUUGGUGAUUGGAUCACCCCAAUCUUAUUAUGUUGAUGAUGGCGUUCCGACAUCCAUGUUUUCACCAACGGAAGAAGGUUUCUUCAACGUGAUCGUGGAUGAUGUGUUCUUCAACCCCGCAAAAACAUUGGGCGGAAUGUACGAAGCUGUAUUAUACGCAAUUCUAGGGGGUAUAUAUGGCAUGUUGGUUGGUUACGGAAGUAUGAAAACGGCAAAUUUUUUUUAUAGCAACGAUAUGCCAUAUUUGGAUUACAUAACAACUGUUUUUUUGUGGUGUGGGGGGAACAUGUUCUUGGUUGCCUUGAGUAGAGCAAAGUUAAACAAACCGACUUUCAACAGUGCCUGUUCCCUUGCAAAUAUAAUAAUAUUUGUCACCUUGACCAGGGAAGGCGCUCAGCCCGGAGGAGAGAUUACAACAAGACUCAUACAGGUGUCAAAGAUAAUUAUUAUUGGAAUAUGCAUCAGUUUCUUGGUGUCAGUGCUUGUAUGGCCCGUCAGCGCUAGCAAGAAAUUGAGAAAAGAAAUCACAGACACUCUUGGAUCAUUUCGUCUCUUGCUAAUACUUCUCACUAAAACAUUCUUAAUCGACGAUAUCCGUUACACCGACAAAUCAGUGCAGUCAGCAAUUGCUUCAUAUCGCGCAUCUUUUACAUCACUUCAGGAUUCUUUAAAGCAAGCAGCCCUUGAAGUUCACAAUGGAAGUAUCAAAAGCCAACUCAAACUAUACAAAGAAGCAGUCGACAGCCUAAAUAGGUUGGCGCAACAUUUGGGUGGUUUAAGAAGUUGUUGUGGACUCCAAUGGGAGAUAAUUAAAGAUCAAGAGGAAAAUAAAGAAUCAAAUAAAGACAUGGUGGAUGAACAGGAUAGGGGUUUGAGCGCCGAUGAUGAUUCUUACGAUGAGCUUAGGAGCUAUAGGAUCUUAAUCGAAUUCAUUCAUUAUGUUGGUCCCCCGAUGAAAUCGCUCGCCUACACUUGUAAACGAACGAUAUCACGCCUACAAGAUCAAUUUAAGCAACAGGAUACAUUUCACAGUACAUCAGUUUCCUUCUCACUACUUCACCAAAAUCUUCAAUCCGCACUUAAAUUAUUCAAAGAAUCUCAAACACGUGCUCUCAACAAACUGUAUAAGGAAAAUUCGGCGGACAAUUUUGAUGGUCGACCGAACGAAGAAAUAUUUCUAAUAUAUUUUUUUGUAUUUAAUCUACAAGAAUUUGCCAAAGAACUAAUAGAUCUCGUUGAUUUGGUGGGAAUGAUAUCGAGAAUCGAUGAAAUAGAACAAGAGAGAAAAGCAAAGCGGAAAUGGUGGCAAUUUUGGCUUUUCUUCAGUUGUUUUACGCGUGAGAAUUCCAUUGAAUUUGAUCACAAAAAUUAUUUCGAGAAGGUGAAACAUAAGUUCCCUGAAAACACCAACAACCUCUUCGAUACCGUUCAAACACCGAAACCCAAAACAUUAUGGCAAAAGAUUACAAUGAAUAUUUGGAAAUCUCUUUCUUGGUUUCGACAAUUUCAAGUCAAAUAUGCUUUCAAAGCGGCUAUCAGUGCUAUCGUACUAGUAAGCCCUGCAUUCUUUGAUGCAACAAGACCCACAUAUUAUGAAUAUAGAGGAGAAUGGACUUGCAUUACGAUGAUGGUCGUGAUGGUACCUACGGUUGGCGGAACCAAUUUAGUGGCCAUUUAUCGUAUACUCGGAACAUUAUUUGGAUCGUAUCUCGCCUGGGUCAUAUAUACAUUCUUUCCGGAUAAUCCAGUUGUCCUCUCUGUAUCCGGCUUUGUUAUCGCUCUAUCUUGUUUCCAACUUAUUCUUUAUACCAAAUACAAUCGCAUUGGGACAUUCAUCCUAUUGACAUACAAUCUGGUCGCAUUAUAUAAAUAUAACAUACGCGACCUGGAACCACCGGUGGAUGUCUCGGACAUUGCGCGUACCCGAUUUAUUGCCGUAGGUACCGGUGUCGUCUGGGGGGUUCUUGUCACCAAUUACUGGUGGCCAUACGAAGCACGCGUCGAACUCAGAAAAGGGCUAAGUCAACUAAUUAUAAACAUCAGUUGGUUGUAUAAAAAGUUGGUUGCCGUAUAUUCCAAUCCGCCUGGAGUUCAGGAGAACUGUCAGAAUGGAAACAUGGACCAUCAUAACGUAACCAUAAUGCUCUCUCACAACCUCUCUAAAUCAACGAAAGAAUUUAUGGAUAUGGAACUGUUCCUUCAAGUUUCAUUGCUUAAGCUCUAUGAUCUUCUCGCGCAGACACCAAAUGAACCUCGUAUGAAAGGUCCUUUUCCGACAAAACCUUAUCGUGAAAUAUUAGGUGGAUGUCAGAAUAUUUUGGAUAAAUUACUUUCUAUUAGAAUUUCAGUCACAAGAGAGGAUUGGUAUAUGUUGAUUCGAAGGGAUUUCAUUCUUCCGAUUACAAAUGAAAGAAAAGAAUUAGUAGGAAAUGUGUUAUUGUACUUUUAUAUACUUGCAGCAGCGUUAAGGCUCAAAACACCAUUGCCACCAUAUUUACCACCGGCCGAAAAAGCAAGACGAAGAUUAGUUAAGAAGAUUCGUGAUCUUCCUGUCGUCAAACAUAGGGUUGUUGAAGGAAAUGACGAACGGUAUAUGGUAUAUUACGCUUACGCGCUGGUAAUAGAAGAUGUUAUAAGGGAAUUAGAAAAACUUGGGAAGAUAAUGCAAGAAUUAUUUGGAUGUAUGGGUGGCGACGAGUUCAAUACCUUCUUUUCGGAAGAUCAAUUGUCGCCUGAAAUUAAUGAUGUAUCAACAACGAAUGGUCAAG